AUGAGCGUUAAAAAACAAUCAUUUGCAGGAAGUACAACAGAUUAUUCAGAAGCAAUUUUUUAACCAAAUUUUAUUUAGAGAAACUAAAGUUUAAACUAGAAUUAUUAAUUAACAGGUUAAAAUCAAUAGUUUGUUCCAUAGUAAGGAUUUCAAAACUAAAGGGUUUCAUUUGGUUAAGGAGAUAUAAACUAAGGUCAAUAAACAAUGGGAAAGUAGAGAUGUGAUUACAAUGGUUAUCAUUAAUAUCCUGUAACAGAUUUGAAUAGUACAUUUACAAUGUUACCGAAAGUAUUUGAAAUGGAUUAAGACUUUUUACCUCAAGAAAUACUGUUUUUAUUAUCAGAAGAAAAUAAUCAUCUAGAUAAAUUUAAGAAAAAGGUUGAUAGAGAGAAAGAAAAGAUAAAGAGAGAUAUAAAUGGAAUAAAGAAUGAGAUGUAAAAUAUGAUAGAAGAUCUUGGAGUUCAAAUGUAAUAAUUUGUAGAUGAUCAUUAUAAACGAUAUUUAAAAGUUUAUGCUGAUUUUAAGGAGGGUGUUAUUCAAUUUAAAAAAACAAAAUUAGAAGCUCCUUUAAAUUUAGUACCACCUCCACCUAGUAAUAAUUUAGGAGAUUGUUCAAAUGCAAAUUUAAUAAGAGAAUUGGAAGAGAUGAAAUAUUAGAAUUAUGUGAGUAAAGUGAAUGCAUAUAUAAGUAAUUUAGCAAGAUAAAGAGUUGAAUAAAUUCAAAUAAUAUCUAAAGAGUUGUUAUAACUGACAAGUUAAAAUAGUGAAUUUUACCAUUCAGAGGCUACAUUAAGACAAUUAAAUAUGAUUAAAUAAGAAGUGGAAGAAAGAUUAAUAACGAAGUUUGGUGAUAUGAGAGAUUAUAUUUUACCAUUAGAUUAUAUGGAACAAAGUUAAUAGAAAUAAAGUAAUAUCGAAAGUAAAAGUAAACUCAAUCUAGAAACUUAAUCUCUCCCUUAAUCAGCUAUUAAAUCUAAUCCAUAUCUAAAUAUAUAGGAACCUAAACUAACUCUAAAUUUUGAGCAUCAUUUGAAUCAAUUAAAUCAAUUUAAUCAAUCUUCACAAACUAUAUAACCAUCUCCAAUUCUAUAAUUAUAAAAUAAUUUCAUAAAUACUCAUACUAUUUAAGGAAAGGUUAAUGAAUUAUAAGAAAUCUAACCAUUAGAUAUAAGACAUAAUGGAAUGAUAUUAUGUUUUACAAAUAUUAAAGAUAAUUUAAUUGCUACUGGAUCUAAAGAUACUUUCAUUAACAUUUGGGAUGGAUCAUCCCUAUUAUCCAAAUUAGAAGGACACACUGAUGGAGUUUGUACAUUAACUGUUAUUAAAGCUAAUAAUGUACCAUUCUUCUUAGCAUCUGGAAGUGAUAAUGGAGAUAAAUCUAUUAAAAUAUGGAAUUUGUCUACUUUGAAAGAACAUAAUACUUUAAUGGAACAUUAAGCUGCAGUUGUUGCAUUAUUAUCAUUAGAUGAUGGAUAAACACUUGUUAGUGGAUCAUAUGAUAAAUCAUUGUUGAUUUGGAAUAUUGAUAAAACUUAAUCUAUAUAAAAAUUAAUAGGACAUACAAAUGCAGUCACUUGUUUAACUUUAGCCAAAGGUAGAUUUAUUUCAGGAGGAUUAGAUUAAAAUCUUAUUGUAUGGAAAAUUAUAAAAAAUGCAUAAGGAUAGUUUCAAUAAGCAUAAUUAGAAAGAUCUAUAAAGAAUUAAACUCUUGUCUGUGCUUUGAAUGUUGUUUAACUAUAAAAUAACUAGACUAAAAUCAUUAGUGGAGGUAAGGAUGGAAAAAUAAGAGAGUUUGAUAUCAAUAGUGGAGAACUCUUAUCAUCAUAACAAGUAGCUAAUGGACCUAUUGUAGAAAUGAUUAUUGCAUAAGAUUAUGUUAAUUAUUCUAUUAUAUCCAUGUCAAAUAAAGUAAAUUAAUAUAUAUAUUUUAUAGGAUAGAAAUCUAGUAAUUACUACUUAGGGAAUAAAUAAAGUCUUAGAUACAAAUGAUUAAGUUUUUAUUGAAUUUGGAUGUGGAGUAUAUCCAAAAAUGGAAGUUACUGAUAGAGCUGGAUAAUUAUAGUUAAAUAUCCUCUCUUAAAAAUAAGAUGUUUAGAAAAUAUUUAAAUAUAUCAUCUGA